AUGGCGGGAAAGCAAGCGUUGAUUGUGCCUGCGCUUAAGAAGCAGACGGCAACAAUCAUUAUGGCGCACGGGUUGGGCGACAGUGGUGCAGGAUGGGUGUCUCUCGCUGAGAGCUGGCGGCGACGUGGAAAGUUUGAAGACGUCAAGUUCGUCUUUCCCAAUGCCCCCAACAUCCCUAUCACUGUGAACUUGGGAAUGAGCAUGCCCGGUUGGUACGACAUCAUAUCACUCUCGCGACAGGCCGAUUUCUCAGCCCUGAAACAAGCACACGAUGAACCCGGCAUCCUUCGCAGCCGAACCACCUUCAGCAAACUCAUUACCGAUGAGAUCGACUCCGGAAUUCCCUCCAACCGCAUCAUCCUUGGUGGCUUCUCCCAGGGCGGCGCCAUGUCUAUUUUCACCGGUGUUACCACGCCGUAUAAACUGGGGGGUGUGUUCGGGCUCAGCUGUUAUCUGCUGAUGGGGGACAAGAUCAAAGACCUAGCGAAAGAGGCCCAGGAUGCGAAUAAAGAUACACCGUUCUUCAUGGGCCACGGUGAUGCAGACGAGGUCGUCAAGUAUCAGUGGGGACAACAGACGGCAGAAUUCUUGAAGAAUGAGCUAGGUUACAGGGUAGAAUUCAAGACGUACAGGAAUCUUCGGCACUCUGCGGACAUGCAAGAAAUCGACGAUCUAGAGGAAUUCAUUAAACGAUGCUUACCACCUACCGGGUCCCUUUGA